AUGCCCGAUAGUUCUUUGACUGCCUAUUCCUAUGUUACUAUUGCUAUUUUCUUACUGGUAGUUCUAUUGGUAAUCAAGCCAGUUACUAUUAGAAUUAAAAAGAUAAAACUCUAUUUUAACCUGUCCACUGCGCCUCCACUGGGUGUUCUUAUCUUGUUGAUUUGCCGAGCUAUCAAUUUUGACGUUGUCGGAAAAGGAUUUUUGGGUACACUCGGUAUACAGCCAUGGUCGAUCCUCAUUCUAUUUUACUCGCUUGCGUACAUUUGUAUUUCGCUAGACAUGACAGGUGUGUUUCAAUUUUGUGCAUUUUGGGUAUCUCGGAAAGCUGGUAACCGAGGAUUACUUGCCUUUACUCUCUUUUUUAUCUUGACCAGUCUCAUGAGUGGGCUGACAAGCAAUGAUGUAGUCAUCCUGACAGGUACUGUGUUCUUAUCUUAUUUUACCAAAGUCACUGGUAUACAACCUACUGCCUUUCUGGUAAGCGAAUUCACUACAGCUAAUAUAGCCUCUAUGGCACUCUAUAUUGGCAAUCCGACAAAUGUGAUUGUAUCGGAAGCAUACAACAUCAGUUUCAUCACUUAUUCUGCUUGGAUGCUUCUACCCACGAUCGUCACGUUACUGAUGGCCUACUUAGUCUUACGCAUCGUAUUUCACUCAGAGAAAUAUCUACCCAGGCACAUUCAGCCGCCUGAUGCUGAUCCCAAGAGUGUACUAAUUGAUGGACAAGGCGCUAUCUUUGGACUCGUUCUUUUAGGAUGCUGUCUUGUCACGCUAGUGGCCACAUCAUUCGCAAGUGUACCCGUCUGGAUGGUGACACUACCUUUUGCUAUUGUUAUGCUGAUAAGGGAUAUAAAGCAUGAUCUCGGUAUCUCCAUUCGUGGAUUACUGCGUGUCAAGCAGCGUCAGGUCCGAUCGGAUGUUUCGGCUGAACCUAUUGAGUUAGAUACAAUCUCUUCCGGCACCCUUGAUCCAAAAGACGAGACAGAGUCUAGAUUCAAACAACAGAAAAAACUAAAACGAUUCCUAAACUGGUUUAGUCGACGGUUUCCUACCAUUAGGGCAGUAUCACUCCGUAUGCCUUGGUCUAUCUUGCCGUUCAGUUUGGGAAUGUUUAUGUUGAUCGAGGCGUUGGCUGAACGUGGCUGGGUUGGUAUCUUUGCUACGGCAAUGGCUGUGUUUGCAAAGAAUUAUGCUACGGCGGUUUUGGGCAUGACAUUUGUUUCGAUAUUGGCAUGUCAACUAUUAAAUAACUUGCCAAUGACCAUUUUGUUUACUCAGAUCAUACAGCAUCCCAAUUUCACCAUACAUGUAUCCUCCGAUGCAGUCAUGCAAGGGUUUCUGUUGGGGCUCAUUGUUGGGAGCAACUUGGGCGCUUGCUUAACUCUUGUGGGCAGUUUAGCUGGCAUCAUGUUCGAUCACAUCUUAAAAACAAAAGGCAUAUAUCUAUUAGGUUACUUUCAAUUCUUAAAAUGGAACUUGAUUAUAUUACCUCUGUUAGCAGCAAGUGCGUCAGCCAUUGUCAUUGGGGAAAUUUGGUUUAUCUACGAUCGAUAA